GAAGGGGCCGUGAUGUCGAUGGAUAAUCUAUCAGCGCUAGACCCAAUUCUAGACAACUUAGGAAGGCGUCAUGGCAAGCUGGAAGUGAACGGGAAAUUUCGAACGUACUAUUGGUCUACGUUUCUGGAAUGUUCCAUUUGUAUUUUUCGAAAGACACUAACAAACUGCCGCAAGUAUCCUGAAAAGGAUAUUGACAAGGCAAUUAUUUUGUGGAGGUAUCUGUUGCGGGACGUUAUGAAGAAGAUUAAGGUAAGCUGUUCAUUGCUGUUCAAAGUACAGGCUGGGUUAAACUUGAUUGUCCGCGCCUUGCUUUGCACCAUAUACGCGAGCGCUUGUCGCGAUUGCCACUUUCAUGAAUUUUCUCCGAAUUUUGUGUUGCUUAUUGGUUAUAACGCCGACAUCAGUAAUCGCAUGAACGCUUUGACUUUGGACGACAAUCGCAGUUAUACGUUAACGUCAAAUCGCAAGGAAUCCUACCCGUCAGAUGUGAGCGACAUUUCGCAAUGAUG